AUGGUUCAAUCCCUGAUGACGUCAUGGAUUUCACUACUCCUCGUGUUUUGCGCUUUAAAAUCAGGAAGCGGCCAAGCGACGGACGUAGACGUCCGUUUAGUAGCCCCAGCAUGGGUCGCACGGGGCGGAUCUGCGACCCUUCGAUGCUUGCACCAAGUACCACCUCAAUUACUGUACAAAGUGGAAUUCCUGAGGACGGGAACGAAGUUAUUGCAGUACGUGAGAGAGAGGAACCCACCAUUCACGAGUUAUUCAUUUGCAGGAGGUCGGCUUAACGCGACGCUGUCAACUGAGAACUCCAUUACGAUAGACAACCUGGACCCAUCGGCGUCAGGCACGUACUGGUGCGAGGUCUCAUUAGAAACACCAAUUUUUACAGCAGCGUCUCACGAACAUCUACUCACUGUUGUGUAUCCGCAAAAGCAUCCACCGAUAAUAACGUUCGGAAAACCGGAUGUAGUGGUGGGUGGUCUACUCCGCGCCAACUGUACGAGUGCGCCUGCAGCGCCCGCACCGAAACUCACAUGGUAUAUUGACAAUGAAAAGGUCGAUGAAGAAUCUGUGAGAUACUUCUCUUAUCGUGUAUCAAGCUCAACUCGAACUAAAGGAGGAGGUGGAUAUCGCCACAGAAAACAUCAACAUCGCUAUAUAGCUCCGGAGUUCAAUCACACGGCAAAAUAUUGGGCGUUAGUGAGUGAAACUACACAAACGCCACCUAUAAACAGUAAUAAACAUCAUAAAUGCUCUUUGAAAGAAGCACAGAGCGAAGAAAUGGCAAAGAUCCAAGAAAGACCGCGAUCUCCACCAGCCAUACCCAUUUCAUUGUGGGUAUCGAUAGCUGAGUUAAAGGCUCCUGCACACGGCAGACUGCAACUGACUUGUACUGCAACAAUUCCCGAUGAAGUAGGACCAGGAGAAAAGUACGCUGAUAUUAAAAAGCAAACUGUAGCAGUGGCAGUAAAUGAACUAAAUCUGAAGAAGCCAUAUUCUGCUACCACUCACGCCAAUGCCACCUCCAGCUGCCUACACCCAAACCCGCUCUGGAUCCUAGGUUGUGGUAUUAUGCUACGUGAAUUAACACACCAAUUAUAUUAA